GAAAUGAACCCACAAGAAGAACAUCCAACUGUUAGUAUUUUUAGAGAAUUUUUACAAAUUAGAACUGACCAUCCAACUCCAGAUUAUGAAUCCUCAACUAAAUUUUUAGUUAAAAAAGCAGAAGAAUAUGGUAUUCAAUAUGAAGUUUAUAGAGAAACAGGUUUACCAAUUGUUAUUAUGAAAAUUGAAGGUGAGGACCAAACUUUAAAAUCAGUUUUAUUAAAUUCACAUGUCGAUGUUGUACCAGCAGUUACCGAAUCAUGGAAGGUCAAUCCAUUUGCAGCAACCAAAGAUGAAAAAGGUGACAUUUAUGCUAGAGGUACACAAGAUAUGAAAUGUGUUUGCAUUCAAUUCCUCGAAGUUGCACACCGUAUCGCCAAGAGCGGCAAAAAGUUAAAGAGAAAUCUUUAUUUAACCUUUGUACCAGACGAAGAAAUUGGUGGCACUGGAAAGGGUAUGGAAAUCUUUGUAUACACUGAAAAAUUCAAACAAUUAAAUGUUGGUCUCUGUUUAGAUGAAGGUUUAGCAUCACCAACUGAAGAUUUCACUGUUUUCUAUGGUGAAAGAGCUCCAUGGUGGGUACAUAUUACAGCUGUAGGUAAUGCUGGUCAUGGUUCAAGAUUCAUCGAAGGCACCGCUGUCGAAAAAUUAAUGAGAACCGUCAAUAAAAUGUUAGCAUUCAGACAAGAACAAUCUGAAAAACUUCAUAAAUGCGAUCAUGAAUGUGGUAAAAAAUUAGGUGACGUCACAUCAUUAAACUUAACUGUAUUAAAAGCUGGUAUUCCUCAAGAUCACAGCAACAACUAUAGCUACAAUGUAGUACCAACUCAAGCUGAAGCAGGUUUCGAUAUUCGUAUCCCACCAACUGUCAACCUUGAAGAAUUUUUACAACAAUUAAAAGACUGGACCGCUGAAGAAGGUUUAUCUUUUAAAUUUGCAAGCUAUAUUGAUAAAAACGAAAUGACCAAAUUAGAUUCAGACAACAAAUGGUGGGAAAAUUUCAAAGCUUCUGCAAAAGCUUUAGAUAUCAACCUUGUAACUGAAAUUUUCCCAGCUGCUACAGAUUCACGUUUCAUUCGUAAUUUAGGUAUUCCAGCAUUUGGUUUCUCACCAAUCAACAACACCCCAAUUCUCUUACAUGACCACAACGAAUUUUUAAAUGAAAAAGUUUUUAUCAGAGGUAUUGAUAUUUUUAUGGGUAUCAUUCCAAAUUUAGUUAAUAUGGAAUAA